CUGAGAUUACCUUUUUUUUUUCUUCUGGGUUUCUCCAUGAAACGAGUGGACGAUGGUGCGUUCACUGUUACUCAAUUAAAUUAAGACAAAUAACGUGUUUUUUUGCGCAUACUUUUGAGUAUAAUUACGAGUGCGUUUCUUUUUUAAAUUGAUUAAAUCCAUAGUUUAAAAAAAAAGUUUCCGCGAGAACCGCCCCACGCCGGUCCGCACACCAGCACCGCGCCGCGUCAUGCGCGCUGUACUGUCGGCGUGGCUCUGGCUGCUGCUCGGCCUCCUGCCUGUGGAAGUCGAGACCAACGCAGCGAAUGGACUCCGACACAGACUGACUCCACCCAAAACAUCCAGACUUUUCCAUUCACCAUAUAUCACCACCAUCAAGACGUCUGACUCGGAUCUCGCCGUUGCCCUCGACAACUACAUCACCCGUGACAACAGACGGAUCAUAUGGAGGAUCCUGCUGCAGAAGGACCCCCCGCCUAGGUUUUCAAAUUUCUUGCCGAGUCAAAAUGAAGUUCAGCUCGAAGAGGAACCAGCGGAGACCCACAGGUCACGAGGUCGCCGGCAUGUUGGCGGCGGAAGGGGUCACGGUCACCUGAUGAGAGUGGGGUGUGUUCUGGGCACCUGUCAGGUACAGAACCUGAGCCAUCGUCUGUACCAGCUGAUUGGUCAAAGUGGGCGGGAAGACUCCUCCCCCAUUAACCCUCGCAGUCCUCACAGCUACGGAUAAGUCCUCGCUAUCCGAACCAUGGAACACUUUAGGAACGUUUCACAAAGACUAGCAUCCCACGACUUUUCUACAGCAAUGUUAGCAUAUCAAUGUGCUUACACAACUGAACAAAGUCGCUUUAUGAAUCUAGAUUUCAGUCAUAAUAACGCAAUGCUUUUGUCAAUGUUAAAGAAUGGAAAGUACAUGUAAAACAUUAGGAGGUGGGGAAACAAACUUCCCAUCGCUGAAACCUUGUAAAUCACUGCUAUUCUUCUGACUUGCCCACGCUGUCCAAAUAUAUACAUCCUCUUCUACAUGGUGAGAUAAACUGGUGGGUCAUUGAAACAUCAUCUUUGUUUGACACCUUUCUAUCUACGGCUGUGGAAAGAAGAGUAAAAACGGUGUAGUCACAUUGAGGUCAGCCAAAGUCAAAUUUUUGAGUCACAUGGACCACAGAUUUUAACACCUCAUCGGAAAGAGAUUAAACUAUUUUCGCAUUUAAUCCGUCCAAACCUCAAGUUUCAAGAUGUUAAUGGGUCUUACGAUAAUAAAUAUUGAUGUCACAUAUAUCAAAUACAUUUUUGAAAACUAUGCGAAUACGUAAAAAUGUUGAUUUUUUUAUGCACAACUUAUAAAGGGAGAAUAAUUAUAUUAUAUUUGUUCACACUAUUACAGCGCUUACUUUUAAUAAUGUUGUAUUGUUCAUAAGAAAUGCAUAAAGUGAAAUCAUUGAUGUCAAAUAUAUAAAAAAAAUGUAAUUUGUCAAACUCUGACAGGACUCUUUCGAAACUGAAGCUCCAGUGGAACAUCAUCUGCAGCAGUCACCCAUGACGUUAGCUGUCAAAGCACUGCGUGUAUUUUUAAAAACCGGAAAAGCCUUUGUGAAUGGACUACUACCUGCUAGCGUCAUCAUCGGUGAUCCUGCCGAAGUGGACCAAUCAGAGCUGAGAGUUAAUCCAGCCUGCCUCUCUAUAAAGCCACUGACUGUGUGCUAGCAAGUGGCUUUAGUUCAGUGUGGACACCAACCAAGAAUAACCUUGAUAGAAACCCAGUUAACCCUUCACCCAAAACCUCAGUGCACACAACCAGCCAAAAUAACCACUAACCCUAAUCCGUGAUCUGUCUGCGUGCUUCUUAACCACCACCUUGUCGUCAUUGAUCCACAGAGACGAGCUGGAAGCUGCAAUAAGCUUCAUAUUUUUAACUUACAGUGGAGUUAAAAUCAAGCCUUGAAUUCAUCGCGCCUUAAAGAAAUAUGCCUUACCUGCUGUUAGCUGAUGACCACUUGUUUUAAUACACAUUGAAGCACUUUAUCCUUCCUUUAAGUGUGACUUGAAGUUGAAAGUUUAUCUGUAAAUAUCCCCAUGUAUUUUCAUGUUAUGAGAACCUCCUCCAUGCACAAGUGUCCUUUGUAACGUACUGUUUCUUUGUUGUCUCUUGUAGUUAAAAGAUGUCAAUUAAAGUGUAAGAAAUGUCUGAGCUCUUUUUCUCCAUGCUGACUAUUUGCAUGCAACUGACCUAAAUGCAGCUCUUCCUUCUCCUCAACAGCUCUAAGGAAGAAAUGCCCCACCCAUUGAGGCGAAUGAGUUGUAAAAGAAGAAUAAAAAAAUGUCACUGUAUGGAGAGAU